UUGACAUUCAAGAUAAUCCAACCUCAAACAUCCGGCCACCACCACUAACAUCCGACCACCACCAUCAAGAUCCGUUCACCACAAGAUCCAGUCACCACCUCCGAUAUCCGGCCACCACAAGAUCCAGUCACCACUGCGGAUAUCCAGCCACCGCCAUCAAGGUACAGCCACCACAAGAGCCGGCAACCACCCUCCAUCAAGAUUUAGUCACCAGCAUCAAGAUCUAGUCACCACCGCCAAUAACCGGCCACCGCCAUCAAGUUCUGGCCACCAAUUCCAAGAUCCAGCCACCAUAGAUCUAUACACGCACAUAAAUCGAGCCAUCCUCCCUUUCACAUCUGGUGAACCACCACCGUGCCAUCACCGUCGCGGCUGCUCGUUUUCCACCAUCAUCAUCGAUUUCAUCUUGUUAAAGUGUGUUUAUAUACGAUUUCAUAGUCUUAUUUGUUGGUAACUACUGCUGGUGGUGACAAAAUUGGUAUGAAUGAAUGAAUGGAAAAAGGGUUUUAUGAAACCAAAAUUUGAAGUGAAGAAGAAAAUGGGAAGAAGUCCAUGUUGUGACAAAGCAAAAGUGAAGAAAGGACCAUGGUCACCUGAAGAAGAUACUAAGUUAAAAGACUACAUCAACCUAAAUGGCACUGGUGGCAAUUGGAUUGCUCUUCCUCAUAAAGCAGGGCUUAAAAGAUGUGGUAAAAGCUGUAGACUAAGAUGGCUGAACUACCUUAGACCAAAUAUUAAGCAUGGUGAAUUCUCUGAUGAUGAAGAUAGACUCAUAUGUUCCCUCUUUGCUAGUAUCGGUAGCAGGUGGUCACUAAUAGCAGCACAGCUACCUGGAAGAACCGAUAACGAUAUCAAAAACUACUGGAAUACAAAGCUCAAAAAGAAGCUCAUCAUGAACUGGAAACCAGAAUCAUCUUACAACAACAACAACAACUUUUCUUCUUCAAACUGGCCAUUAAGUUCUCCUACAACUACUACUGCUUAUAAUAGUAAUAAUAAUCAUCAAAUACUGCCAUUAUUAGAUGAUAACAGAUACAUGAUCAAUGUGGACGACCCCGUUGAAACGUACCUAGUGAUGAAAGACAGUUCUACCCUUUUUAUGUAUGAAGGUCGUUGUGGCGAUCAAGCUGCUGGUACCAGUUCUGAUGGGAAUUCGACAUUAGAGUUUAAUCUUGAGGAAUUUAAGAAACUAAUCAGCUCUAAUCUUUGUAGCAGUGAUAAUAUUAAUAGUAAUGUCAAUGUUUUUGUUGAUGAAAUUAAGACAGAAGAGAACAUUAUGUACUACUAAUUAAUAAUUUAAGUUAUUUUGGUUUGAUUUAA